AUGGAGAAUAUUCUAAAUAAAGAUAUUUUCAACGAAAGUGACUUGGAUAAACUUUCACCGGACUAUAAACCUCGAAAUUUCGUAUUACGGAUGCAGAUGAGAAGAACUCUGGCUAAAGACAGUCACAACCAUGGUAUUCUUAAAAACACCAAUUUUACAAGGAAAUCUAUAAGGACAAAAGAAAGCUUUGCAAUUCACAAAGAAAUUGUGAAAUUACGAAACGAAUUCAAUAAUAUUAAUUUAAAAAAUAGAGUAUCAUUAAAAGGCCUUGAGCCUUUGAAAUUAAAAUCAACGGUUAACAAUGAUGAUUCCUCCAUAUUUGAUAGAAGUCUAAAUUUGCACCAAUCCGAUGAUAAUUUCUGCAUUAAUGAACUUACUGAAGAAUUUACUGAAUUGGAAAUACGCAAUGAUAAUGAAUUUAAAGUUAAUCCGAAGAUAAAACCUCUUAAACACAUAAAGAUAUAUCGAGAAACUCAGUGCUAUCGGAAACCGAAAAACCGCACUAGUGGUUUAUUAGAUCUACAUAAAGAUAUAAAUGAAAACAAUGAAGAUAUUUUUCGUGUAGAAUGCAAGAACAAAUCUCAUAGCCCACAUAAUUUAGAUCACGAUAUACAUACAGAACAAGAAGCUAUGAAACAAGAUUCACAGCGAAAUAUUACAUCUAACAAUUUGGAUGUGCCAGUUAGUGAAUUGCAAAAUCUAUUGAUAAUGAUGGCUAUUUCUUCAAAACCAAAUGAAGUCGAAGACCACCCUGAGGAAGUCGAAGUUAGUAAUGAAGUUGAUACUCCAAAAAGCGAAAUACUUUCAAACGUUGAUGUUAGUGAUAAAAAAUCUGUAUGCUCGGAGGGAAUUGAUAACAUUUUAAGUAUAACCCCAAUUAGGGUACAAAUUGACAGCAAAGAAACGUACCUAAUGAAAAAAUAUAUUAGUAAGUGGAAAACUUACGCAAAAAAUAACAGGGAAAAGUAUGUCUCUGAACAGAGGCAAGAAACUUUAAACAAUUUCUUUGAGAAAAUUGCAAAGAAAAAGAUGGCGAUAAAUCAAGGUGCUGAACCUGAAAAUAAAUCCAAAAUUUUGUUAAGGGAUUAUAACACGUAUCAACAUCGGUACAAAUUACAAAAGCAUAUCAUAGCUUUACAAAAGGCAAAAUUAGAAGAACAGAAUCGUUUAAUUGAGGAACUGAAGUAUAAUAGGAUCGUAGAAGCUUCACGCAAGUCUGUGGAUGAUAUGAGAGAAGAAGUACGUAAAACGUAUUAUGAAAUAGACAGGCAUCUUAAACCAAAGAUAAAGUGCUUGACUAACGAGUUAAAGAUUCCUGAAAUUGAAGAACCCUCUCUUAUAUUACACUGUUUGAAGGUACCACAGUUUUUACAAAGGAUGGAGAAGAGAGCUCGUGAGCGAGAAGAAAAGCAUGCAAUGAUUCGUGAGCGAAGACGACAGAUGGAAGAAGAAAGGAUUAGAAUGAAGCAGCAGGCGGAACUGGCGAAAGCAGAAAUGGAUAAAGAAGAAAAGAUGAAAAGAAUACAAGAACUGAGAGAUAAAAGGAGAAAAGAAAAAAUAGAACACAUUAGAAAGAAACAAUGGGCGUCUAGACUAAGAGCGCUCAUAGUUAUGGCAGAUUUACAUUACGAGAAAACUUUGAAAGCAAAAUAUGGAAUUCGGCCUUUCCGAAUACUGAUAGAAAUGAAGCGGGACAACAUAGAAAAAGCAAAGGCCCAUUACAUUUUUCAACUUAAAAAUAACACUUUUUUGCAUUGGUUGUGGUAUACUGAAGAUAUGUGGAUAGAAAGAAAUUUCAAAGCAGAAAACUUUUGGCGUAAAAAACUGUUAGGAAAAGCAUUUCAAGCCUUUAAAAGGAAUCAUCACGGGCUCGUUUUGAAGAAACAAGUGGCUGAUGACUAUUACGAUUUGUAUCUAACACAGAUGGCAUUCAGGAUGUUCCGUGAAGGAAUUAAUGUGAUUAGAAAGGAAAAUGAGACUAAAUGGCAAAUAGCUGUCUUAUAUCACAGCAGCAACCUUCUCUUUAGAACAUUUACGUGUUGGAGAACGCUACCAGCUUUGAAUGCACUGAAAAGGGAACAGGAAGCACGGAAAGCAAGAUGGCGAGAGAAAGUAUUGCAAGUUGUACCUGACUACACGCCACCUGAAGAUUAA